ACACCCAAAGCUUUUGAGAGAGACAGACGUUCAAUUCUCUAUUUCUCUUUAGACUAAUAAUUAAGAAAAUAAGAAAAUAAAACAACUAUAAAUUCUCUUUCUGAUUCUCUGAUGUUCUGAGACUGGUCGUACCUUUGAUUGCUCGAACAAUAGCUGGAAUCGGCUGAAAUGGCAUCAAUGGUCGCCAAGGGCACUAGUAGUUGUAGCACCCAAGUAUCUCCCUCAAUAACUGUUCAAGAAAAGGGAAGUAGGAAUAAGAGGAAAUUCCGGGCUGAUCCGCCUUUAGGUGACCCGAAUAAGAUAAUUCCUUUACCUCAAACUGAAUGCACAAGUUAUGAAUUUUCAGCUGAAAAGUUUGAAAUCACGCAAGGUCAUGGACAAAUCGGCGUCUGUGACCUGUGUACUGUUAAUAAAGACCAUUCUGAUGGGUUGAAACUUGACCUCGGAUUGUCUAGUACUGUAGGUUCAUCUGAGGUUGGGCCAAGCCGGCCCAGAGAGGAAUUAGAGGCAGAUGAGUUCCAAGAUGCCGAUUGGAGUGACCUCACAGAAACCCAACUCGAAGAACUUGUUCUAAGCAAUUUGGACACAAUUUUCAAGAGUGCAAUAAAAAAGAUUGUUGCCUGUGGUUAUGCAGAAGAAGUUGCUACAAAGGCUGUUUUGCGGUCUGGCCUUUGUUAUGGGUGUAAAGACACUGUGUCUAAUAUAGUGGAUAAUACUUUAAAUUUUCUUAGAAGUGGCCAAGAAAUUGAUCCUUCGAGGGAGCACUGUUUUGAAGAUCUACAGCAGCUGGAGAAGUACAUAUUGGCAGAACUAGUCUGCGUUCUUCGAGAGGUGAGGCCUUUCUUCAGUAUGGGUGAUGCAAUGUGGUGCUUGUUGAUUUGUGACAUGAAUGUCUCUCAUGCUUGUGCAAUGGAUGGUGAUCCCUUGAAUAGUUUCAUGAGUGAUGGCGCUUCAAACGGAAGUUCCUCCACGCCGAAUCAACCCCAGUCAAAAAUAGAAGCCAAAAGUGUUGAACUGAAUCUUCUGAGCCCUUCUAAGCCAGUUCCUUUAAUUCCUGGUUCUCAUAGUUCACAGUACGAGACACCUGCCAUUGCAGGAGGGGUUCCCAACAUAGCUAAACCAAAAAAUUCCCUUGUUCAAAGUGGAUCAUUCUCUGAGAAAGAGAUCACAAAUUCCACAUCGCAUAACGGGGAUAAAUCUUUUGGUGUUUCUGGAACAUCUCAAUCUUCUGCAGUAGAGGAAAAACUUUUAGGUAGUAGAAAGGUCCAUUCUGUUAGUGCCAAGAGAGAAUACAUGCUUCGGCAGAAGCCACUUCAUUUGGAGAAAAAUUACCGGACUUAUGGAUGUAAGGGAUCUUCAAGAGCAGGGAAGCUGAGUGGUUUGGGUGGUUUAAUCUUGGAUAAGAAACUGAAGUCUGUGUCAGACUCUACCGCUGUCAAUUUAAAGAACGCUUCCUUGAAGAUAAGCAAGGCUAUGGGAGUUGAUGUGCCUCAAGAAAAUGGAAACCACAACCUUUCUUCCAAUGCUGGACCUUCUUCACCUAGAGCAUUUAACCUGGAUGCUGACAAUACUGCUUCUGUUUUACCACAGAACAAUGUCCCAUCCAUAUUACCUGCUGUCAAUACUUCAAAUCCACUACCUGCUGUCAGUACUUCAACAGCAUUACCUGCUGUCAAUACUACAACAGCAUUACCUGCUGUCAAUACUUCAACGCCAUUACCUGUAGCCAAUACUCCACCUGCAUUAUCAGUUGCUGAUACUGAGCUUUCUCUCUCUCUGCCUACAAAAAACAACUCCAGUUCAGUGUCCCUUAGCUGUAAGUCUGAUGCAACUAAUUCUAUUUUUUCUGGAAUACCAUAUGAUAAGUCCUCGGGGCAGUGGGUCCCUCGGGACAAGAAAGAUGAAAUGAUUUUGAAGUUGGUUCCAAGGGUGCGAGACCUACAAAAUCAGCUCCAAGAGUGGACAGAGUGGGCCAAUCAGAAGGUUAUGCAGGCUGCUCGUAGGUUGAGUAAGGACAAGGCUGAACUUAAGUCAUUGAGGCAAGAAAAAGAAGAAGUUGAACGGCUAAAGAAAGAGAAGCAAACUCUAGAGGAAAACACCAUGAAGAAGCUUUCUGAGAUGGAAAAUGCUUUGUGCAAGGCUAGUGGCCAGGUUGAACGAGCAAAUUCUGCCGUCCGGAGGCUUGAGGUGGAGAAUGCUGCUUUGAGGCAGGAGAUGGAGGCUGCUAAAGUACGUGCUGCAGAGUCAGCUGCAAGCUGCCAGGAGGUAUCAAAGAGGGAGAAGAAGACACUGAUGAAGAUUCAGUCAUGGGAGAAGCAGAAAGUGUUGCUCAAUGAAGAACUUGUGAUUGAAAAACGCAAGUUCAAACAGCUGCUACAGGAAGUAGAGCAAGCCAAAGAUCUCCAGGAACAAUUGGAGGUUUUAGUUCUGAGCUUCUUCUCACUAAAAGGGAAAGUAUGUCGCAGGCUAGAUGGCAGCAGGAGGAGACAUCAAAAGACGAACUACUUGAGCAGGCCAGUUCAGUAAGAAAAGAAAGAGAACAAAUUGAGGCUUCAACAAAAUCCAAGGAGGAUAUGAUCAAACUGAAAGCAGAGAACAACCUGCAGAAGUACAAAGAUGAUAUUCAGAAGCUCGAAAAAGAAAUCUCCCAAUUGAGACUCAAGAGUGAUUCUUCAAAGAUUGCUGCGCUUCGGAGGGGCAUUGAUGGAAGCUAUGCCAGCAAAGUAACAGACAUCGAAAAUGGCAUAGAUCAAAAGGGGUCCCGGACGCCUUAUAUCUCAGAAGUAGUGAAGGAUUUUCAUGACUACUCUGAGACAGGAGGGGUGAAACGGGAACGGGAGUGUGUGAUGUGCCUUUCAGAGGAGAUGUCUGUGGUGUUCCUCCCAUGUGCGCACCAAGUGGUUUGCAGAACAUGCAACGAGCUCCAUGAGAAACAGGGUAUGAAGGAUUGCCCUUCUUGUAGGAGCCCCAUACAGUGGCGGAUUUCUGUACGUUAUGCUCGUUCUUAGUAAAGUUCCUAGAAUCGAGUGGAGUGUUCUGAAUAAAGAUUGUGGGAUGCCUAUGAACUGAAUAAAUGCAUUUGGAUCACUCCCUCUGGGAGUUUUGACAGUUAAGUUGCCUUGUAUUCUGAGGUUUGAUCCUCUGGGUGGUUUGACAAUUUACACAUCAUUUUCUCAACAAUGUACUAGUUUGAAAUCUACAGGGCUAUAUGCUGAUAGCUCUAAAUUUUGUUCUCACAUAUUCGAUUAAAUUAUUU